AUGGACCCCUUCUCCUUUGCUAGCUCUGAUGCCGUUGAGAUUCCUGUUAAUAUUAAAAUUGUAAGCUUAGAGGGUGAAAAGACACAAGUACCCUUCUCCACACUCGUUCAGAGGUCAGAUCUGCGUCAUAUUGGUUCAAACACGAGUCUUUUUUCAGACCUCUAUGCUACUGUGCAGUUAUGGGCAGACUCGAAGCCUUUGACCGUUCCAAUACAUACGACAUACAAGCCCUUCAAGAACGAACGAAGGUGGAACGAAUGGCUUACCUUACCAAUAAACUAUUCCACUUUACCACUUAGUGCCCAGCUCAGUAUCACUGUCUGGGACCUAUGCCCAAGCGGUGGAAAAGAAGCAAAUGGCCAUGCCAUACCGUUUGGUGGAACAACAUUCCCUCUCUUUGAUAAGGAAAAUCAGCUUCACAAAGGGCGACAAAAAUGUCACCUACAUCGGGGGAAAGUUGCAGACGGCUUGAGCUCAACAACUACUCCAUAUUAUAUGCCACAAACUUGUCACUUGGAGAAUAAUGAAAAUGAAAGUUUAAUUGAUAGACAUGCCGAGGAAAUGGAAAGACUAGAGAAACUUUUCAAGAAACAUGAAAUGGGUGAGAUUCCUAGAGUCGAAUGGCUUGAUCAGUUAGUAUUUCGAGGCACUGAAAAGAGAUCAAGAGAGAACUCUAGCAAGCCGAUAACAAAAGUUCAGUUUAGAAGAGAUCAAAAGUAUACCAAUAUUCCAGAUUCUGAUAAAGAUAAGCAAUGUGAAUCCGACAGAAGUAAUGAAGCCGAAACGAAUGAUUUCAUAAACGAAAAAUUCGUUCUCAAUAUAGAAUUUCCUCGGUUUGAUUUUCCAAUUGUUUUUUCAGACUACGAGUAUUCCCCGCCAUCAAUUUCUCCACUCCAACAUUUAUCUUCAUCUCAGUCAAAUAUCCUGUCGAAGACAUUACAGGAAGCCCAUUUUGGUCCAGGAAUAGAUGGAAUACUUGAUCAAAAUGAAGGGUAUGGAGAUAACUUCAGAAUCUACGAUCCAGACGUUGGAGCAAGAGAUAACCCAGUAGAGAGUAAGCAUAGACGGCUUGUCCGUAGCCAUAGGACAGGGCUGAUGGAUCGAGAUCUUAAGCCAAACGCCAAAGUAAGAGAUGAACUAAAUAGUAUCAUCGCUUAUGCACCCACGCACAUUCUAUCGCCUGAGGAAAAAGAUCUCAUUUGGAAAUUUCGGCACCACCUCACCUCAAAUAAGAGAGCAUUAACGAAGUUUGUUAAAUCGGUCAAUUGGCAAGAUCAAAACGAAUGUGGACAGGCUGUUCAGAUUCUAUCAUCAUCCAAGUGGACCGAAGUUGAUGUCGAUGAUGCACUUGAGCUUCUCGGGCCUACUUUUGACAACCAAGCAGUGAGAGCCUAUGCUGUGGAUCGAUUACGGAAAUCUAACGACAAUGAGCUUCUUCUUUACUUGCUACAGCUUGUUCAAGCAUUAAAAUUCGAGCCAAUUUCAGAUUCCUCCGAUCGAGAUGUUACACGUAAUUCUUCACUAGCCAAAUUUUUAAUUGAACGCGCAACAAGUAGCUUUAUGCUCGGAAAUCACUUCCACUGGUACCUGAUGGUGGAAUGUGACGACCAAAGUGAAGGCCAGGGGGCUGGAUAUCGGAAGCUCUUCGCCAAAGUUGAAUAUGAUUUCAUGACUGCACUUGUCAAAAGAACCGGGGGAGUUGAGAUUAGAGAGCUUUUACUUAGACAAGCCGAGCUUAUAGCAGUCAUCUCCAAAAUAUCAAGAGAUAUCAAAAUGUCGAAAGAGUCAGUGGCUCGAAAAACAGAAAAAGUGAAACAGUACCUCACUGACCCUAAAAAUGAGAUCAUCACAAUUAAUCCACCACUACCGCUGCCGCUAGACCCUUCAAUCAUGCUCACUGGCAUAGAACCUACAGAAACACAAGUAUUCAAAUCAUCAUUAUUUCCUAUCAUGCUGACUUUUAAGACAUUAUCGAAGCAAAAAUAUCAAAUCAUAUUCAAGAGUGGCGAUGAUUUACGACAAGAUCAACUAGUAAUCCAGAUAAUUACUUUGAUGGAUCAGUUGCUACAGAAAGAGAAUUUAGAUUUGAAACUCUCACCUUAUAAAAUACUUGCAACUAGCUCAACGGCCGGUGCAGCUCAGUUUGUCCCAUCUAUGUCGCUACAAAGUAUAGUCAAUAAAUUCAAAGGAAAUAGUGUACUCACAUACCUCGCAAGUAAUAAUCCUGAUGACCGAGCUUCACUAGGGGUUCGAAAAGAGGCACUCGAAACAUUCAUCAAAUCAUGCGCAGGCUACUGCGUAAUCACUUACCUUUUAGGAGUUGGUGACCGCCAUCUAGACAAUCUUCUGCUUGCACCUGAUGGUCAUUUUUUUCAUGCUGAUUUUGGAUACAUUCUUGGCCGUGAUCCAAAACCGUUUGCUCCUGCUAUGAAAUUAUGCAAGGAAAUGGUUGAUGGGAUGGGUGGUAGCAAUUCCACCCAAUACGCUCAAUUUAAGCAGUACUGCUUUACAGCCUACACAACACUCAGAAAAUGUAGCAAUCUAAUUCUCAACCUAUUUAGUCUAAUGGUCGAUGCCAAUAUCCCUGACAUCCGAAUAGAGCCAGAUAAAGUGGUUUUGAAAGUCAAGGAAAGAUUUCACUUGGAACUUAGCGAAGAAGAAGCAAUUCGUCAUUUUGACACAUUGAUAGAGGAUAGCACAAGCGCUAUCUUUCCAAUUGUUAUCGACAGACUUCAUGGAUUUGUACAGCACUUCAGGGCAUAA